AACACCAAUGACAGCCAGCUUUCCGUCAGCGUAGUAUUUUCUAAAAAUUAUCUAAAGUAAAGAGUUAUUAUUGUAUUUCUAGAGUUUAUACAUAGUGUAUUUUUAUAUCUAAAUUAUAUCUAAUAUGUUAAAUUCAUGUACAAAGUGUUAGCGUGUGAAUAAAAGUGUAUGUGAAUGUUGAGACUCCAUUCUACAAUGAAAGAUGUCGUAUUAUUGGUGUGUGUACAGUCGCACCAAACGAAAGUGACUAGUUGACCGUGUGUUAUACGGUGCUUAUUGAAACAUUCGACUGGCAUUAAAAUGGCGCAGACGGUGAGGCGAGCGAUCGAGGGCAGAUACCCGUCCUGUUACAUACCUAGUAGGAUAAAAGAGAGGAGAGCAAAGGCUCGGGCUUUGAGGUUAGAACAACAGCGGAAGCCAGACAAACCGGAGGACUUUGUAUGCUACUCGGACAGUGACAGCGAGGAAGAAACACCAACACAGCAACAUAGGAUAUUGUCAACGUCUUAUAAUUUCGUCGACUAUGUACGCUCUAGAGAAAUGCAGACGUCGGAGCCACGUUCAGUGGAGCCGUCCUACGCGACCCGACACAUGCUCACACACGACAUGUUCCGAGAGACGCCUAUCAACCUCGGCAACAUGAACAAGGUGUUCUGCUCGCAGUGGCUCUCCGACAGGCAGGUGGUCUUCGGCACCAAGUGUAAUAAGUUAAUGGUGUACGAUGUCCGUCGCCGGACGCUGGACGCGAUCCCGACGCUGCGGCCGCGGGCGCCGUGGGCGGGCGCCGACCAGCAGACCGGCAUACACGCGCUGCAGAUCAACCCCUCCAGAACGUUACUAGCGACAGGUGCGCGUAACUCGUGUGAGCUGGCGAUAUACAGCCUGCCCACGCUAGACCCCGUCUGUGUCGGGGAGGCGCAUAAAGACUGGAUCCUGGACAUGUGUUGGCUGGACGACGAGUUCGUGGUGACAGGAUCCCGCGACUCCAAGCUGGCGCUGUGGCGGGCACCAGCAGCCCCCCCCACCCAGGCCAUGCACCACUAUGUACCGCCUGUCUGUGUCAAGGAGUGUCGCUCCGGUCAGAAAGUCCGCGCGCUAACAUUCAACCAGCGUUGGCGCGAGAUCGCGGCGCUGACGCUCAACGGAUACAUACACGUGUUCAACGCUGAGACCUUCCGACAGACACUGUCCCGGAAGCUGCCUUCAUGUCAGGAUCUAGUGUGUUUGGCUACACAGGAAAGUGGUGUAUAUGCAAUCGGCUGCAAAUCCUACACUCUACUACUAGACUGCCGUACUUUACAAUCAGUUAAGAAGAUCACAUCUCGCUACAAUGGAUGCGGCAUCCGAUCUGCUAGCUUCCGAGGCAAUAUGCUUACUAUCGGCACUGGAUUGGGUCUACUAAUGUUCUACGAUCUACGUGCGGGCAAAUACUUAGAGAGUAAUAUACAUUCUACCAAAACUGUCACACUCAAAGCUUCACGAGGUUAUGUGUUCCCCGACGAGGAAGCGGACGGCUUCAACCAAGUGAAGCACGUGCCCGCCAUCUACACACACUGCUACGACGACAGCGGCACUCGCAUCUUCACCGCCGGCGGACCCUUACCCGCCACCCUCAUCGGCAACUACGCCGGACUCUGGCAGUAGCCCCCCCAGCAGACCCCUAGCUCGCGAGAUCCUUUAGGCCUCCUAAAUGUUGAUACACACCCCCUAAAAAUUUGGAACGUGGUUAUCUAAUGUUUGAAAAGAAAUGAGAAUCGGGUUUAUGAGAAAUUUGACAUUCACACGAACAAAUUCGGAAGGAAAGCUUAUUAAUUUUGGCAAAGUGAAAUAUCGGAAAAGCCUAUCUUUCCCCCUAACAAUUUUGAGUAUGAAAUUAAUAAGGGUAGCUUUAUGCCAUUGAUCCCAUGUAGCUUUAUGCUAUGUAACUUAUAAUUCGCAUAUCAGAAAAUGAAUAAAAAUGCUACUCUUUUUACUACUAAAAUAAAAAAAAAUGCUUUAAAAAGUGAGUGAAAACUAACAAAAAAAUCUUAUGAUAAAUUAUUUAUUACAUAAAAUGUAGUGUUUUCCACUGCAGAGUCUAAAUUGGUGACUAGUGUUCUCCGAUUUCAAUGUCGAUACUUUUGUCGAGGCUUAAAAUGUAUUAACGUUUACUUAAUCGUGAUACAAUUAUUUUCAUCCAUGCAUCUGGGUCCUAUAAAUUAUUUUAUUAGGGUUUCCUUUACGAAACAAUGAUUUUACACUAUGUAAAUCACAAAUAAACUAUGUUAUUUUAUACAAACCACUUUCAAUGACAGACCCACUUAUAAAGCGUUAUAAUUGUAAUGAUGAUCGAGAUACGACUAAAUAAAAAGCUGUGUGUGAUGUCUUGUAUCAAAUAAGAUACAUGUUUAAUUUUGUACUAUUAGUCUAAUACUUUUAAAGUUAUGUCCUCAAUGAAGUUGGAAGGAAAAAUAUCGAAAUUACAACUUCCACAGAGGUUUAUAAAAACACUCGAUUUUAAUUAUAUCUUCGUUUUAAAAUGGAAUACGGGAUGUAUUUUAAAUGCUUGAAUUUUAACUAUUAGGUUAAUUUAGGCGAGUAUAGUUUAUAUAGUAAAAUGGUUUAUAGUGUAGAUGUGUACGGAAUUGUGUAUGCAUAGCAAUAAUAUGUGGAAAUACGAAAGUGCAAAAUUAUUCGAUUUGUGAAAAUUGACUUGUUACAGAGUGCAAUAGAAAUGAAUACAUCAAUGAUCAAACGAGGGAUUUACGCUCAACUACACGCGAAUUUAUAAAUUAUAAAAAAAGAUAGAACACAAUUUGUUGAUGAAUAACUUAUUUACUUUUAUUUUAAUGCGUGAAUCGGAUUGUAACAUAGAUAAUGCUAUAUUUUAAAUUGUUUCGUAAUUUUUAUUUUGACAUAUUAAAAUGUUAAUUUAUACAAACAAUUUCUUGCGGCAUAUAUGUAUUAUUUAAAGUUGGUAAGUCACAAAAAUACGCGAAUGAUGUAGUUAAUUUGCCGUGAGAUAGAUUGUAAAUUACGCUAUAAUUUAUCUGGAUAAUAAUUUUAUAGAAUGAACAGAUUAGGAAUCGAUAUUUUUUUAGUCAAGAAAGUAAAGCGUUGCACUGUUGCACAUCACUACUAACUACUAAUAUUGUUGAAUGUCGAUUAAACCUGCUUUGAUAAGCUUACCUCAGAUAAAUAUGAAUAUCGAAAGCCCUGAUCUCACCAAUAACCAUAAGGGUUUCUUUUACAUAAACUAUAUUUCCACAUUUACACUCUUGGCGAGAAAACUAUCGAUUACAGAUUGGUCUCGGCUCGACUCGGUCUUGGUAUUGCCUUUAAACUGUGUACUUCAAAACACCAUAUAAGAUAUUAAUGUAAAGUUGUCAGUUCGCGAUUCAAAGCCGCAUGUACCUCAGUAAUCGUGUAGACGAAACGGGACGACCUGUAUAUACUUUAGAUAUACAUUUAUUAUUGUAAUAUUACUUCAUUCAUUUAAAAAAUAUUUUUACAUUAUUUUCAUAUGAUAUGUGAUUGUAAAUUAGUUUAGUCUUUAGUAAUAUCGAACAUUGUCGUCAGUGUUUACUUUUGUAUAGCUAAAUGUUUUAGUAUAGAUUAUAAAUAAUGUGGUUUAUUGUUUGUAAGCCGUCCCGUUUUCACGGAUACAUAGUUACAAACGUCUAUAGUAAAUAUCUCUUACUAAAACCCCCAUACAUAGGUAAUAUUAAAAUGAGAUUUAAAAAAUGCGGCAAAAAAAUGUAACCGUGGGGUCAUAAGACAUAAGUACUAUAGAGUAUUAAAGUAGAAACUAAUUUGAUAGAGUUAACGCGAUAUCCAUAAUAUUAGUCUGUAAUUUAUGGACUGUGUGUCCGUGUGUUUUUACAUAUAAUUUCUUACUAAAUAAUCCAUAAAAGUGGAAAUUGUGACGAGUAAAAGACUUGAGUAUGCUGA